UUGCGGGGACGAAGUGUCACUCUUCGCCAGCCUUUGUGGCAACGAUUUCGUCGGUCAUGACGAAAUGCGUCCCCGGCACAACCUCCUCAGGGUUGGUGCCAAGCAACACGACACCAUCUACCCUUUGGUUGUGAGCUUCAUCCAUGACUGUAAGAAGAAAGGCAUGGAUUUGCUCGAGGCGGCCAAAAGUGUGGUGCCCGAAAGCCUGCAUCCAAAUUUGGAAUACACCAUCCUUCAUUUCUAUGAGGGCAUCUUUGAUGAAGGUGAGUCCACUCUGGUGGCCAACGGGGAUCCAGUCUCAGGUGUGAUGCUGGCCCGCUGGCGCGCUGGGGAGUUGCCGGGUGCUAUGAUGUUAGCGGCCUCUCGUGGUUUCAUUGCACUGCCCGCGCUAGUGGAGGAGGCGCGGCAGAGCUCCGGCUGGCUCCUCUCGCGGCCUCUGCGUGCGGCCGCCGCGAAGCUAUUGCCAAGGCCCAUCAUGGAGAGAUUGCGGCAGAGUAACUCCACCAAGAUUCAGGAAGUUCUGUUGAACGCUCCAGCCUUGGAGCCGCCUUUUUCCAACUGGCGAGGACUGCCGAGAUUUGCCUGAAGAGUUCAUCCUACCGGUGUGCUGUAUGCGUUUCUUGACCUUGGUGAACGCUGAGUCUGAGAGAUCCGUACUUGAUAUCCCUUGGCCGUAUUUGGGAGCUUGGCUCUGGAGUUUGGCAUUGAGCCGAGAGGAGAAACAGCAGGUGUUGGCAGAUGUAAAGUUCAAUCCUGCCAAGGUGUAUAGCCCUGCAGGCGCCAGCUUUAUCAACGCAUACCUGGCAUCCCUGUGGUCGGUGCACUUGUUGAAUGGUGCUUUGGGGAUGCCGUAUGGAUCCUUUGAUCCCCUGGCCUAUGACGGCCCCUUCCUGCAUAGCAUCCUUUGGUGCCUCCAUGGCAGCUCGCCACAGGCAGCGGGCUACUUCAGCAAAGAUGAUAAGGAUCGGAUAGUCCUGCAGCUACCGCCAGAUGCGUUGUUCAGUGCUGUGCUGACCAUUUUCCAAGGCGUGGAGAGUGAGGUGGGCCAGACAUUCUUGGGGAAGGUAAGUGCCCGGAAUCUGAAGUUCACCAUGCCCGGGGAAAAGAAGCCGAAGGCAGAGAAGACGACCGCAAAGAAAUCGGCGAACGCCUUUGAUGCACUCCGUUGAUGCCAAAAAGUUUUAGAUUCGCCUUGCGAGCUGAAUGCUGG